CAAAGUGACCCUCCAAACAUUUUUCAUAGGCAAAGAAAAUAACACAAAACUUGUCGACUUUCUUCUCCUCCCCACGUCGAACCACCGCAGAAAUAAAGCAACAUAAUGGCGAUCAAGUAAGUCUCACUGCCUGGCUAGCUGGCGAUAGAACAGACCGACUGACUCCCCUCUCCAGCUAUUUAAUUCUGCUCUCUCGUCAGGGCAAGGUGCGUCUGGCAAAAUGGUUUACGACGCUCUCGCCAAAGGAUAAGGCGAAAAUCAUCAAAGAUGUCACCCAGCUGGUCCUCUCACGACGGACGCGGAUGUGCAAUUUUCUUGAAUACAAAGAUUCGAAAGUGGUGUACCGCCGAUAUGCCUCCCUCUUCUUCAUCGCCGGCUGCUCGUCCACCGACAACGAGCUGAUCACCCUAGAGAUCGUGCACCGAUAUGUCGAGCAGAUGGACAAGUACUAUGGCAAUGUCUGCGAGCUGGAUAUUAUUUUCAACUUCCAAAAGGCCUACUUUAUCCUCGACGAGCUCCUGCUGGCGGGAGAGAUGCAGGAGAGUAGCAAGAAGAACGUGCUGCGGUGUAUCAGUCAGCAGGACAGCUUAGAAGACAUGGAGGUUGAACAGGAUAUCAUCACGAAAAUCAUGUAGCGGCCGUCGGCACACCUUGAUUCGUGUUCUCUCUGCUUGCUUGUAUCUUGUUUAGGGCGACAGUUUAUACCCGGCGUUUCUCGGACAGUGUAUAUACGACAUGACUAAUUUGACUCUUUCAUC